GCCGUCUUCAAGCGCAUGCGCGGUAACUCCGGAUCAGGAUUCAGAUCUGUAAACUGUCACAGAAGGUCCCUGAUCCUGCGCUUCUCCUCUAAUAUGGGGCAAUAAUCCUGUUUUUAUCCUCCUUUUGAACAUGUCCACGGGAGACGGUCUUUCGGCAGCUUCAUUGCCUUCAUAGAAGACAGUGCACACAUAUCACAGAUGCAGGAUGCGGUGGUGUCCCAACACAAUGCUCCACCUGCUGCGCUGUGUGCGUUUGCGGUCAUGCACCAGGAGAGGAAGGAGUAGGCUACCCUUGCCGGUCAGAGAGACAUGGGCCUACAUGAGGCUGCUGGUGCAGUCACUUUAUUUUAACUCCCUGACAGACUCAGACGUGGUUUUUGACUCAGUGUUUGAGCCGGUGUUUUGGACUGUGGAUUAUAUCACCCGCUGGUUUGGCAUGGUGUUUGUUUGUCUUGUUGUGGUACUAGUCGGCUCCAUUAUGGUGAUUGCCUAUACUGUCAUGCUGCCUCUGGUCCUCAACUCAUACUCCCCUCCAUGGAUUGCCUGGCAUAUUUGUUUUGGACAUUGGAUUAUCACAGUGAUUAUUUACCAUUACUACAAGGCCACCAUGACAACCCCUGGUCACCUCCCCACAGAAAAAAAUGACAGUCCGUUUGUGGCAGUCUGCAAAAAAUGCAUCCUACCCAAACCAGCAAGAACACACCACUGUGGCAUCUGUAACAGGUGCAUUCUGAAAAUGGACCAUCACUGUCCCUGGUUGAAUAACUGCGUGGGCCACUUCAACCACCGGUACUUCUUCUCCUUCUGCCUCUACGCGACCUUGGGAUGUCUCUACUGUGUCAUCAGCGGCAGAUAUCUGUUCCUUGAUGCAUACAAUGCUCUUGAGCGCUUUAAGCAUUUGAAUGCUGAAAAACCAGGAGUACCCGUGACCGGGAUGGGACAGCUUAUAGGGCUUCUGCCCCCUGGCCAGACCAACUUUCUGACACCUGCACCUCCAUACACCUUUAUGGAUCGGAUGACUCAUAAGUGCAUCAUCUUCAUGUGGGUGUUUACCAGCACAGUGAGUGUGGCCCUGGGAGCGCUGACCAUUUGGCAUGCAGUCCUCAUAUCCAGAGGAGAGACCAGCAUAGAGAGACACAUUAACGGCAGGGAGACGAAGCGACUGGCAAAAAAAGGAAGGGUGUACAGAAACCCUUUCAACUACGGCAGGCUGAAUAACUGGAAAGUCUUCUUAGGCGUAGAGAAAAGGAGUCACUGGCUGACACGAGUUAUCCUCCCCUCGGGACACGCCCCACUUGGUAAUGGCCUGACAUGGGACGCCGGCACAGUUAAACGGGACUUAAUACCUGUAUGACAGACUCUAUUUGGGCACACUUGUGGCCCAGAUUCUGCAGGUUUUGCCGCCUCAAACUGUCUCUGGUCACUUGAUCAGGUUGAUUUAACGGGAUACCUCCCAACAGCUCAACCUCCAAUACCUCAAAAACUUUCUGUGGCAUUGCUUAUGGUUCACCGGUCUACAUUUGCACCUCUGACAAGUGUUAAAGAUUGUUUGUUGACUUACCGGUCUUGGGUGACUCAGAGCUUUCCACUGGGAUGAGAUUGAUGUUUGUAAAAGAUACAUAUUUUCACUGACAUAUCAUGAACUGAUGAACUUUCAGAUUUUAAAUAA